AUGCAGAUAGUUAGGGAAGCUCACAUCAAUUGGAAUGAAGACCAAAUCCUGGAGCAUGCCUUCUCCAUGAUGAACCUUCAACCCAAUGCCAACCAAGCAGAAAAGAUCCCUAAGUCAGUACUUAGCAUUGUCUCCCAAAUUGUCAAGCUCAAUGAGAACAACUGGGCCAUUUGGGAACCUAUGUUCAUGGAUUGCAUCCACCCAAUCAAGAAUGCCAAAUGCACCCUCACAGGAGAGAUCCUGAUUGGUCACGUUGACUAUGAUGAUGAUCUAGACAGCCACCUGCUGGGUCUCAUUCUGUCCUCAUGUGACCAUGGACCUAAUAGCCAUAUUGAUACCUAUGCAGUUUGGGAGCAUGAUGAAGAGGAACAGCUUGGCUCCACCCUAUACAAGAAACUCAAGGCUGCCCUCACAAUCAACAAUGAGGUCAAACUCUCUGCCAUUCAUGAUCACAUCCAUGAGAUCAAGUUAGUUAACUGCAAUGUCAUCAACCUUGGCAAGGAACUUGACAAGAUCUGGAACAAUGCUGCUAGACUUGGCAACCAUAUGGACGAAAAGCUCAAGAAAUCCACCUUGUACCACUGUGUCAAAGAUGACUGGCUCUAUACUCAGACAGUAGACUCCCUCAAAGCUGCACAGCUGAGCUGUAGCUAUGAAUAUGCCUACCAUGCACUUGCCAAGAAACAUCAAGAAGCUGAACUCUCAGGCCAUAUCUGA